CCAGUAUUUUAGUGAACAGUACAGGACGAUCCUAAUAAAGCUGCAUAUAGUUUUAUGUAACUUUGUAAGAGAGGUGGAGUUGAGCGUAACGCAUGACGAGGCGCCGCGCACGGUCACGCCGCGGUGCGGGUCCGCUAGUGCGGGACAGAAGGAGAUCAUUCAGUCACUGCAUAAGGAGUUAGGGCCGGAAAAGCAGCAUUUAAACUCUGUUAGACGAUGUCUGCUCAAAGUGCGACGUAUUUGGCAUUUCUGAUAACUUGUGUUGCUUGCAGGGCGCCGCCGGUGCCGUUAGACGACAUUGUCAUUGAGAAGACUGCCGUUCCCGAGCAAUGCGAAAGAGCCGUGAGAGUCGGCGAUUUUGUCAGGUAUCACUAUAUCGGUACGUUUCCCGACGGAAAGAAGUUCGACUCCAGCUAUGAUCGAGGCUCCACUUACAACGUGUAUGUGGGAAAACGACAGCUCAUCCCCGGGAUGGACAAGGCUCUGGUGGGAAUGUGUGUUAAUGAGAGGCGUCUGGUAAAGGUCCCCCCCCAGCUAGCAUAUGGGAAGGAAGGAUAUGGUGACAUCAUCCCACCUGACGCUGUGCUUCACUUCGACGUCCUUCUGCUGGACAUUUGGAACCCGGAAGACAGUGUCGCCGUGAGGACGUACCACCGGCCCGAGCAGUGCGGCCGCACCGUGCAGGUGUCCGACUUUGUGCGGUACCACUACAACGGAACGCUGCUCGACGGCACGCUUUUCGAUUCCAGCCACACCCGCCUGCGCACGUACGACACGUAUGUGGGCAUCGGCUGGCUGAUCGCCGGCAUGGACCAGGGGCUGCUGGGAAUGUGCGUUGGCGAGAGGCGCAUCAUCAGCAUGCCGCCGUUCCUCGGCUACGGCGAGAACGGGGAUGGCAGCGACAUCCCAGGUCAGGCCUCCCUGGUCUUUGACGUGGUCCUCCUGGACCUCCACAACCCCAAAGACAGCAUCAGCGUGGAAGCCCAGGUAGUGCCGGAGCCAUGUCCGCGCAGGAGCAAGGUGGGCGACUUCAUGAGGUACCACUACAACGGUACCCUGCUGGACGGCACCUUCUUCGACUCCAGUUACUCCCGUAACAGCACAUAUGACACGUACAUCGGGAAGGGCUACCUGAUCGCUGGCAUGGACCAGGGCCUGGUGGAUGUCUGUCUCGGGGAGAGGAGGAGGGUCACCAUACCCCCCCACCUAGCCUACGGGGAGGGGGGCACAGACAGGAUUCCCGGCUCAGCGGUGCUGGUCUUUGACAUCUCCGUGGUGGACUUCCACAACCCCUCGGACACGGUGCAGAUCACCACCACCUUCAGGCCUGAGAACUGUGACCCGCUGAGUAAGAAAGGCGACUUGGUGAAAUACCACUACAACGCCACCCUCAUGGACGGCACCUUCAUCGGCUCCACGCACAGCUUUGGGAAGACGCACGAUGUCCUUCUGGGCACUGGCCAGGUGGUGCUUGGGCUGGACAUGGGUCUGACAGACAUGUGCGUGUUUGAGCAGCGCUCCCUGGUUGUCCCUCCCCACCUGGGCUAUGGCGAGAGGGGGGUUGUCGGUGAGGUCCCAGGCAGUGCUGUGCUGCUGUACGACAUCGAGAUGAUGGCCAUGGAGGAGGGAUUGCCUGAGGGCUACAUGUUUGUCUGGAACAGUGAGGUGUCACCAGACCUCUUUGGCGAGAUGGACAGGAAUCAGGAUGGCCAUGUGGAUUCUCCUGAGUUCACAGACUACAUCAUACGGCAGGUGCACGAAGGCAAUGGCCGGUUGGCUCCCGGCUAUAACGCAUACCACAUCAUAGACAACAUGUUCUCCAACCAGGACCGCAACGGCGACGGCAAGAUCACAGCCGCGGAGUUCAAACUGAAGGAGGAUGAGCCCCCAGUGCGAGACGAGCUAUAAUAUAAAUAAUCACUGACACACAUGACAGGGCACACGGGGCGUCGCUCACACACACGACAGGGCACACGAGGCGUCGCUCACACACACGACAGGGCACACGGGGCGUCGCUCACACACACGACAGGGCAAACGGGGCGUCGCUCACACACACGACAGGGCAAACGGGGCGUCGCUCACACACACGACAGGGCAAACGGGGCGUCGCUCACACACACGACAGGGCACACGGGGCGUCGCUCACACACACGACAGGGCACACGGGGCGUCGCUCACACACACGACAGGGCACACGGGGCGUCGCUCACACACACGACAGGGCAAACGGGGCGUCGCUCACACACACGACAGGGCAAACGGGGCGUCGCUCACACACACGACAGGGCACACGGGGCGUCGCUCACACACACGACAGGGCACACGGGGCGUCGCUCACACACACGACAGGGCACACGGGGCGUCGCUCACACACACACGACAGGGCACACGGGGCGUCGCUCACACACACGACAGGGCACACGGGGCGUCGCUCACACACACGACAGGGCACACGGGGCGUCGCUCACACACACGACAGGGCACACGGGGCGUCGCUCACACACACGACAGGGCACACGGGGCGUCGCUCACACACACGACAGGGCAAACGGGGCGUCGCUCACACACACGACACCUUUUUCCUUUUUGUAAUGUGUUGCUAUAUUGUCUUUGCAAUGUUUUUAUUAGUUUUUUAAAAAUAAUUCCCUGUCUUUAAAUCGGGUACUUAACGCAACUGCAGCCCAGAAGGGGGUGUUAGGGACUGUGUAUGGGCAGGACAGUGCUAUUGGUUAUGCCAGUUUCUGCACAGGGAAUUACACACGGAUUUCAUCCAUCUUCUUGUACUGCAUUUGUAUUUUGUAACACCGAACGUUACUUAAUGACACAGACACACAGAAAAUUUGCAUUUUAUUUAUUUAAUUUUUUGUUCAUCCUUCAUGCCGUUUAAAUAACCCACCACUACCAGCCAUGUCCAAAUGCAUGGGGAAAAUGAAUGAUUGAACUGUAUGGAAAAAUCAUGCGCAAUUUAUUUGAAAUUUCAUUUUUAAUACUUUUUGUCUCCACCUUCAGCACCUGUUUAGCUUCUGCAGGUUAUCAUUCCAGCCCUUUCUUUUAGCUUGUCUAGGAUUUAGGGCAGACAUAAAGUUUUUAAUCCAUUUUAAAGCACAAAACUCAACAUCAUAAGGAUGAUUUCCAUAAUGCACGACAAAAUAUCAACAUUUAUUUUUAAAUAUCAAUUUUGAAAAUGAUUAAGUAAUUAAAAAAAUAUUUUUUGAAAAAACAAAUACCUGUAUCGACGUGAAAACCCGGCGUUGAGUGGGAGAAAUUCAGUGACACCUCAUUCCUUCCCUGUUGCCGGUCAGACUAAGGGCUCUCAGUGAAGGCCCCUCUCUGCCAUCGCUGCCCCUCCCAUCUUCCAUAAACGCAGCCUGAGGCCAUUUGCUUUGCAGAACACUACUCUGCAGGGCAGGUUACCACUUUGCCACAAUCCACAAAUUUUCAUUUUUAUUGGGCUACAUCGGGUCAAAUCCUGGAAUAAAUGUGGUUUUCUUAC